GAGUACAAAGGAAGAGAUCAUUAAAAAUGUUUGAUUACGCGAAAGAAGUUACAUCGAUUGCAGAAUUCGCGAGGAAGGAAGCUUAAUCCUUAUGAUUCGGCGCGAACAAUUGGGUAAAUGAAAAGAAGAACGAAUAAUUAUGGGGAAAAAGUAGACGCAUGCGCAGGAAAAGUGGUACUAACAGAGCGUCUAAGUUAGCAGCGGAAGUUUUCGGGAAUGAAACUUCUAGGACGAAGCCUCCGCGAGCCUCUACUCUUUUCCUCCUGCUCCUUUUGAGCGGUAAGCUACGGCUUUAAAGUCGGUGGCACACCGUGAACAGACGAGAAGAGAGAAGAAUAUUUUCCCAGGAGCGGAGGUAAACGCGGCAACCUAAACGACGACAGAAAAAAAGAGGCGCAAUCGAGCGCGGCACGAACGCGUCAUUGUGAAUGGCACUGCUAGUGACAAAGGUGGCUGCGAGAGACUUUCGAUUUCAUAUCGGAUGUAAACUGUGCUCGAAAUGGAUGUUACAAAGAGUACUUCCGUUCGCUAAUUAAGCGUGACUCUUUGUCCAUUUUUCCGUUCGGUUUCACUUUGUUGGCUACUCAACGAAGAAAUGCGAGCAGACGCGAAAAGAAGAACGACGGCAGCGGCCGGAUUCCGGUACGAUCGACCGUAAAAUUCUGCAAUAGAGCAUCGUGGCGUUCGUUCGCAGAGUGGACUGUUCUCUGCAACACCUGCGGUGCAUGAUCCUAUAUCCUAUGCAUUGUUGGAGACCUACAGGCAGCAGGAUAAACAAAAUAUCAGAGCAUAUCUCAUCGGUAACACCCCUCCAUGUUUGUCUGGAGGAGCGAAGACAACCGGAACUGGGCUCUUGUGAAGCCUCUGCUCGUAAGCCACAGGCUAAAAAGUUAUUUGAAAAGCAGGAAGCAGAAGAAGCGGAGACUGAAUUUUUUCGAGUCGAGGAAGAUUUGAAACGCACUCAGCCGAGCAUGGCUAACACCAUUAGUAACAUGAAGAUGACUAACCGUAUCAAGGGGUUAGUAAGCAAACGUCGCAAGCGUUUCACAGAAGAUGGUUUUAAUCUUGAUCUCACAUAUAUAAGGGAUAAUUUAAUAGCAAUGGGUUUCCCAGCUGAAAAAUUAGAAGGAGUAUAUAGGAAUCACAUAGACGAUGUUGUUAAGCUAUUGGAAUCUAGACACAAAGACCAUUAUAAAAUUUAUAAUCUAUGUUCGGAAAGGUCGUACGAUUUUAAGAAAUUUAAGCAAAGAGUAGCUACUUACGCAUUCGAUGAUCAUAAUCCACCGAUGUUAGAUCAGAUCAAACCAUUUUGCGAAGACGUGCAUCAGUGGCUCUCCCAGCACCAAGAAAACAUAGCCGUAGUUCAUUGUAAAGCGGGCAAAGGUCGGACAGGCGUAAUGGUUUGUUGUUACCUUCUUCACACAAAACAAUUUCCCACUGCCACGGAAGCCCUUAAUUAUUACGGAACUAAAAGAACACAUGAUAGGAAGGGGGUAACAAUACCUUCUCAGAGGAGGUACGUGGAUUAUUAUGCUACUCUUGUCCAAGAAGGAUUGAAUUAUCAACCGGUCACACUGUUAUUACGAAAAAUACAAUUAGACCCAGCACCUAUUUUUCACGGAGGUCAAGGAUAUUUACAUUGUGUAAUAUCUGAAUCCAAAAAGAGGAUAUUUAGUUCGGAUAUAGUGGAAGUGCGAAAAGGAAACCACACUGUGAGCAUCGUUCUGAAAAAUAGCGUCGCGUUGACAGGAGAUAUACGAGUGGAUUUCUUUAACAGACCAAAAAUGAAGCGGAAGGAGAAAUUGUUUCAUUUUUGGUUCAAUACAUUCUUCGUGCGGGACUACUUAACGCCAGAAUACGAUAACGGAGAGUUACCAGUCGAACGUUCAGCAAGGGCAUUGAGUUGCGAUGGUACAACUAUGGAAUUACCAAUGGUCGUGUCACAGAUGAAGGCAAGAGCAGGAUCGCUGGCUAGUCUUGGACCUAUGCCACCUACUCUCGUUUUAAGUAUAGAUAAAUGGGGCUUGGAUGAUGCGCAUAAGGAUAAACACCAUAAAGCGUACAGUGCAGAUUUUAAAGUUAGCUUAUUUAUGCACCAAGUGGGUGGUAGUAUAUCGCAAACCGUGCCAGCGACAGCGAACAGGGCGGGAGAAGGUAUACAAAUAGGAAUGGGAGGACAAGAAACUCCCAGUGAAUCCAGCGAAGCGGAUAGCAGUGAAUGCGACACAACCGGAGAUACAACCGGAGAUGAAGAUGGGGAAUCUGGUGAGUCCUGUGCAUCUCUGGUGGUGAAUCACCAUCCCCUUACACAUAGCAGUAGCCGUACACACGUUAGUACCCACCAAAGAGCUAGUCUCAGAGAAACUGCAAAGGGUUUGCUCUCGCGAGGGGAUAAAAGUAGAAAUAGUCAUCGACAAAGCACUAGUAAUGUGAAAUGUUCUUCGGCACUCGUACGUUCAGCCACGUUAGAUACAUAGUAUAUUUACCUUUGUACUUAAAAAGUUGAGUUCUCUGAACUGGCAUUCAAGCUUUACAGAUUUAUAUAAAAAGUAAAACACUCCGAACUAUUUAGCUUCUCUUUGUUAUGCCAGCAUGAAAACACUACUAAGCAUUCGGUCAGUUUAGAUGCAUUAAUGUUAUUUUUAUCAUUUGAAAAGUAGAUUUUUAGCGAGUUUUUAAAAUUACGUUAUAACGUCGAAGCUAGUUGAAAGAUCUAUUUCUGUUUAACAAAAGAUUUUUACACUGACACGCUGUAUAUUAAAUAUGGCCAUUAAAUGUUCCGAAUGAAAAACAAUCGUAAGAUAAGAUGUUAAAUGUUUCUUUAGUAGUGUAUUUGCCACAAGUAAUUUAUUCUUUUUCAAAAUAUUAAGGUAUUCGAGUACGCGGCUAGUUAUGAUUUUAAACUGGUUACGAUUGUAUUCGGUAUUUAUUAGCAAUUAUCGAGAACUGUACCUAUUCUUCGACCCUUCUUUACGUUCUAUCUUUCAUUCAACUUUCCAACUAUUUUGCUUUGUUGACUGUUAACUAUUAUUGCCCGGAAUAGUUGAAUUUAAUAUUAGAUAAGAAAAAUCGUAGCGUUCGAAAUCGAGGUAUAUCGUCAUUCAGGGUUAACGCAAUUUUAUAAUAAACAACGUACCAUAGUACGGACCUUAGUAUUUGUUUUGAAAUUGUAUGACAGAGCCAAUUUGUAGAGUGAACUUUGACAAACGUAAUAGCUACGGGGACAAAUGACGCGAUAAUUUGUACUUGUAUCGAUUUCACCGUUUGUGUUUGUGUUAAUUGUGAAGAGAGUUGAGACGUACGAGUUAAGUAUGUCCCGAUUGCCUUACUCUUUGUGAUCGUUAACUAUUUGGAAGUAGCAAAGCUAACUUGCGUAGAUUUGUGUGCGAACGUACGAUUGUGGUCGAAGCUUGUAAGAUAAUGUUUACCUGUACAGAAAAUUUCAUUCUUUCGAUUUUGUAACGAAAAUAUGUUAAACACGAACAGGCUGUGCAAUUUUUCUAAACUCUUGUUUCUUGAUGUCUCGGUAAAUGCGAUUCUCGCAUCGGCGUCAAGUUAUAUUCUAUUUCAAAUAGAUUAUCGUAUACUGUAGAAUAAAGUAUCGCGACGAGAAAGUAGCAUCCAUUCAUGGGAAAUUCGAAAAAUAACCGACUCGGUUUACGUUGGAUUAAGAAAAUGUUCACGUUGUACCGGCAGCGCGUAAUUUUAGAAUCAUAAAUUAUUCGCUUCCGUUCUGUUUCUUUUUCUCUGGUUUUGCAAAAGUAAUUCCUGGUACUCGCGGUAAAAGUAGCAUAAAAUUUCCAUCGAAUGUACACGAUGAUACGUACACCGAGCGAUACCGUUAAAAUUCCGUUUUAAAGAAGCGGUCUUAAAACUGACAUUUUGCGGGUGUUCGAUCGAUGUAUGUAACCGUUACACUUUUGUUUCUUUUCAUUUGGCAUUGGAAAUCGAUUCAGAAAUUCGUUCAUUUAUCGCAGCAGCUAUUCGUGAUUUCUCGAAACAGGCUUUCUAAUAACUUAACGAAAAUAAAACUGAGGCAUAGAUCGCGAAAGAAGGAAACAAAAUAUGCGAAAUAAUGCUUCUCGAGCAGACGAUUAGCAAUCUUAACUUUGUUGUGAACAUUGUUACGACGCGAGUAUAUAUACUGGUAAAUAAUCGCAACCUGACGAUAAGUAAAUUAGGGUACGAGGUCGUUAUUGUUUAAAACACGACAAAUGCUUUCACAUAAAUCCGCUCCUUUUGCGAGUGGUUAUUCGUUCUCUCUCGUAUGGUAUUGCCUCUUUGUCGAUCAAUUUGUUCACACCGAAGGUACAACGAUUACGCAUCAACGCGUAAAGAUAAAGAUUAGUGUUCUUUUUUUUUUUUUUUUCCUGUAGAGUAACUUUUAAUGACGACGACGACAUUCUCGCUUUAUUUCCGUUAGAGUUUUAAAGCAAAGACACGACCAGAAAUUACUUUAUACUCGUAAAAAAGAAAAACUUUAAUUUAUCCUUCCACGUGUAAUCUGCUCGUUCGAACGUGUGAUAAUUUGCAAUUUUUAUAAGAAUAAAGCGGAAGGAUCACGAACGUUUUUCAUAGAAAUCGUGUGAUUAUUGUUAAUGUUGUAAUUACGUUGGCGGAUGAAAGGCGUGACAGAGUUAUGAAUUUCCAAACGAUAAAGAACUUUUAUUACGAUCGAUUAGUGGAUACAUCUCUGAAGCCUUUUAAUACAGCGUUACAAUUUCGUACGUACUAGAUUUGUAAAUAUUAUAGUUAGUAUUAAAGUAAUUGGGAAAUUUACGAAAACACAGGGGCUAGAUGUUCAGAUACUCGUUGAAAAUUGUAUCGUUUUAUCGAUUGGUUUAUUUCUUAGAUCUUUUACCGUCGUAGAUUGUAGUACUUGAAUGAGCGUAAUAGUACUCUUUGAUUUGAACGUGUAGUGCAUGAGUAAGGAAAUUUUGUAUAGGAUUCUGACAAUUCGUUGUACACGUUAAUGACAUUUUCGACACGAUCUACUCUUUCGUCAUACUGUUUUAGGCAUACCGAAAACGAAUAUCAAAGCCCCUAAACGUUUUAAUUUUACUCUGAUUUCUCGUAUCGUUGCAUGUUAAUAGUUAAUAAUCGUAGUUUUCAGACCUUUUGUAACGUCUGAAAUAUGUGAAAUUGAUACACACAGCAUCCCUAUUAUGUAUUGUGUAACGAUUAUUUUGUGAUACUAUUAUACUUAUGAUUAUUAAUUGUAUCGUUGUUAUAUCCUUAUUCUUAUUCAUUAAUUAUUCUUAUUAAUUAUUAUGACUAUCAUUAUUAUUAUUAUUAUUAUUAUUAUUAUUAUUAUUACUAUUACUAUUGUCGCUAAUAAAGUGUUAGCGGUUUUUAAACAUA